AUGCAAACUAUUCCACCACCAGUUUUGGUUCAAACAAGACCAGGACAUGAUGCUUGGGGCUAUGAAAAUACCUGGAAGCAGCCAUUAUUCGAUUGCUGUCAGAGUACAAAACUUUGCUGUUUAAUUUGCUGGUGUUGUCCAUGCAAAUCGUAUGGUAUCUACCGUCGUCUGGGUGAAAAUUGUAUUUCAUGGUGUUGGCCAAUGACUCUGUGGUCACUUCGUACGAAAAUACGAACUCUAUUUCGAAUACAAGGCAGCUUAUGCGGUGAUUGUGCAGCAGUUCAAUGUUGUGCAUGUUGCGCUCUUGUUCAAAUGCACCGCGAAUUAGAUUUACAAGGAUUAUAA